GGCGCGGGCGCGUGUCACGUGGGGCGCGGCCCGCGGCAGCUGCGGCGGCGUUGAGCGGGGCGGCGGUGGCGGUGGUGACGGGGGCGGCGGCCUCGCGGCUCUGGCGGGACCGACUCGGAGACUGCGCCGCCUCUGCAGGUCGGCCUUAAGGGGGCAGAGCGGAAUAUUCCUGAAGAGCCAGAGCUGGCAGCUGGGAGGUGAGAGGACACCAAGGCUGCCAUGGCUGCCGUUGACAGCUUCUACCUCUUGUAUCGGGAGAUCGCCAGGUCCUGCAAUUGCUACAUGGAAGCUCUGGCCUUGGUUGGAGCCUGGUAUACAGCCCGAAAAAGCAUCACCGUCGUCUGUGACUUUUACAGCCUGAUCAGACUGCAUUUCAUCCCACGCCUGGUGAGCAGAGCAGAUCUGAUCAAGCAGUACGGAAGAUGGGCAGUCGUGAGUGGUGCCACGGACGGGAUCGGGAGAGCCUAUGCAGAAGAGUUAGCAAGCCGUGGUCUCAACAUCAUCCUGAUUAGUCGCAACCAAGACAAGUUGCAGAUGCUGGCUAAGGACAUCGCCGACACCUACAAUGUGGAGACCGAUAUCAUAGUGGCGGACUUCAGCAGCGGCCGGGAGAUCUACGACCCGAUUCGAGAAGCCUUGAAAGACAGAGACAUCGGCAUCUUGGUGAAUAACGUGGGCGUGUUUUAUCCCUACCCCCAGUAUUUUACUCAGGUCUCCGAGGACAAACUCUGGGAUAUCAUAAAUGUAAACAUUGCCGCGGCCAGUUUGAUGGUCCACAUAGUGUUACCAGGAAUGGUGGAGAGAAAGAAGGGCGCUGUUGUCACCAUCUCUUCUGGCUCCUGCUGCAAGCCGACUCCCCAGCUGGCUGCGUUUUCUGCUUCUAAGGCUUAUUUAGACCACUUCAGCAGAGCACUGCAGUACGAGUAUGCUUCUAAAGGAAUCUUCGUACAGAGUCUAAUCCCGUUCUACGUGGCUACCAACAUGACCGCACCCGGCAGCUUUCUGCACAAGUGCCCGUGGUUGGUGCCUUCGCCCAAAGUAUACGCACACCAUGCUGUUUCUACCCUUGGCAUUUCGAAAAGGACCACAGGAUACUGGUCCCAUUCUAUCCAGUUCCUUUUUGCACAGUAUAUGCCUGAAUGGCUCUGGGUGUGGGGAGCAAAUGUUCUCAAUCGCUCUUUGCGUAAGGAGGCCUUAUCCUGCAAAGCGUGAAGCCGCGUGAAGGUUGGGAACUUUUGCCAGCUCGCGGGAGCCUGCAGUAUUCUGACGUUUGGAAGAACACAUUUACCUUCUGUGUUUUCUUUUAUUACUGAGUAUUUAGCCUACUGUUGACUCAUCGUCUGCAAAGCGUACGUAAUACUUUCAGAGAAUGCUGUGGAGAAACCUCAAGGGCCACAUCACACGGAUGGUACAGAAGUAAACAACGACUGAGGCACGAGAACUGGUUGGGGGAACCUAAAUUUUGAUGCUUUUUUUUUUUUCCUCUAAGCUGUCCAAAAGCCAUGCGAUUUACGUUGUUCUAUGAGCUGCAGCAAUCUCGAUAGUGAAAUAUAAUACGACUUGUCAGCUCUCGUCGUUUUGAAUGUUUUUUUUUUUAAGGGAAAUUAUCUAUUUCAGUAGAUGAAUUAUAGUAUUGAUUUUCAAAUGUUCAUCAGGAAAGACUAUUGAAAGGUGUGAUUUUGUAAGAUUGCUGGUGUAAUUAGCAGUAGAACCCUGUAUCAUAUUGUAUAGCUCUGUUUGUGUGUGAAAAUGCUACACUUCAGGCGGCAUUUCACUAGAGGCCAUGUGCGUAUGUGUGUCGUGUACAUCCAGACAACUUUAUUUAUGGUUAAGUUACUUUGGAAAAUACGUCUUGUUAAGAUGGCCUCACGUGGAACCUUAUGGGGUAUUAUAAUUCUAGAUUACUCCUCUUCAUGCUAAAUAAGCCCACCCAAUCUUGUGCUAUAGGCUUGCCUUGUAUAAUAUCAUACAUUCUGUUGUUGCUUUUUUUUUUUUAAUCUGUGAAAUUAAUUCAUUACUAGAUUUGGACCUAUAACGGUUGACCCUCCGUCAUCUCUUGAUUUAUAAUUGCUGUGGAUAAGUAGUGAUUUCUCAGCCUCUGCCCCAUUUUAUAACUGAAGUUUAGCCCUUUAGAGCUUAUAUCUGGUUUUCAUAUCCUGUUCCAUGUAAUAUUCUCUUAUAGUGGCAUCAUUGGAGUAAACGUCAAGUACUUAUGGCAUUGUCUUUAAAACAUGGACAAAUUAUGUGUGUGAUAAUGAUGUAUGUAUUAGAAGCUUGUUCUUGGUUCGUGUAAUGAGUUUACACGUUAUAGUGAACGCUCUCACUGAUGUGAAGAUCGUUAGGCACAACCCCCCACGAUAGGAGUUGGCGCUGAAACCUACUGUGAAAUAAAUGUUUUUGGCUCGGAUCUUACAAAGCCAGACGUUUCUGAGGACCGCUCUCUAGUGCUUUGGCAACCGUAGAUCGCCAUGUGGACGUGACGGUACGUGCCAGUUAAGAAUUGGGGGUCUGUGAUUGUGACGCUGAUGCAGAAACUAGUAAGUAGGUUGAAAUCAGGACUUCUACGGAAUUGUUUUCGCCUGAGAUGGUACUCCAUUUAUGAGUCAGGCCAGAGCACGCUUCGGUGUCUUACCCACGAUUUCGCCAGUGCUGUUGCCUCAGUAUUUCCAGAUCUGACCCGGACUCGGAAGAUCAGUGAUUGAGUUCAGAAGCUCUUCCACUGACAGACCAGGCCUUCGUUACACAAAAGGAAGACCUUCACACGUGAAAACUUAGUAGCGGGAUCACGCGGCACUGAGCAUGUUGAGGGAGUUAGCGUGGAUGCCUUCGUCACAGUUGGCAUUUUCCCUACCCAGCAGUUAACAUACGGUCAUUAAGACUAGAACAGAGUUUGCUUUCAUGCCACAUUGACCUGAAGUUUUCAUUGACAUGUAGUAAGAAGCAGCAGCUUGAUGUAAAAACACCCCGUUUAUAUCUAAGCUGUUACGUGGUGAGGUAUUGAGUCGCCGUUAUGUGAUGAGAACAAGUAAAUCAUGUCCGUGAUGUUGUAAAAUUCUCUACUUGGCAGGACGUUUGUAAGAAAGCUGCUGCAAAGCUUGUGAAAGAUCAGAAUGAAGAAUGUUCCUUAGGUUUCUUCUUCGAUAAAAUACGUUUUCCCAGAGCUCAUUUGAGAAUCAGAAUUGGGCCCACUGCGGAUGGGAUUUCUUAGGAAGAAUGCGGGAACUUAAGAACCUUUGAAAUAAUCUGUGAACUGAAAAUUUAACAAUAAAAACUGUUGCUUCUCCUUCCAUUGGAA